AUGACAUCAACGGCUCGGCAAGCGGGACCGCUAUGGAAUGCAACGGAGGACGUAAUUCUUCUCAACCACGUGGCGCGGCACGGCACCAGCCAAUGGGGAGUUCUACAGGCAUCCGGUCUGUUGCCGCGUCGCGAUAACAAAGCGUGUUGCAACCGAUUUAUCGUUCUAAAGAGGAACUACCAGCAGAACCGCAUAAAGAGUUCUCAAGUCGUGAAAGCCCUCCUGUCUGCACUAAGGAAUAACAAUCAAGUGAAGACAUGUCCUGGCCAAGCACGCACGAUCCUUCUUCCAGAGUUGGCUAAAAUGCCACUGACAUCAAUCACUUCAGUUGCUGACCCUGGAGCUGCAACAUCACAAGCACCAGCGCGAUCGUCAUCACCACCUCCAUCAGCAGCACUGAGGAGAAGAAACAAUCAAGCCAAGACAUUCCCCAGCCAAGCACACACUAUGAUCCCUUGCCCAGAAUUGGCUAAAAUGCCACUGACAUCAACCACCUCAGUUGCUGACCCUGGUACUGCAUCAUCACAAGCAUCAGCGCGAUCAUCGUCGUCACCAGCUCCAUCGUCGUCACCAUCUCCAUCAACAGUACCAGCUCCUAAACAAUCAGAACGAAGAGGAUCUCAGCACGGCUUCCUUAAAACCGCCAUGGAAGGCAAUGCAAGCGAGAGGGGGGAAGAUGGGGCAGUGCAAGGCGCAAUGUGCGGUAACAGGACUUCUGUCUGCCACACUGAAGCUACCAUUCCAAGAAGUACAGGAGAUGUAUGUGAAGAGGCGAGCCGGAAUGUUGGUGGAAUUGUCGAUCAUCCGGAGAUGGACCAUUUAUCGCUAACAUCACGCGUCAACCAAUCUGCGGCAAGCAGCACCGAAUUCUUGGCAUGCUUGUUGCAAGCUGCUGCAGCCAUACCGGCAACAUCCAUACCAGCAGCACCUGAACCAACAGCGUCGGCAUCCGAACCUGAAGCGUCGGGGGGGGGUGGAACAAUGGCUUGCGGCACGCUGAAAAGACCAUCUUCAGACCUGUGGAGGGCCGUUGACGAUCAUACGCUGAUCUCAUCAAAGAAAAUCAGAUCUUUACCGGAAUUCUGGCACGAAAACGAGGAUCGUGCGGUUCCAAUCUCAGGCAAGGCGAAUGCGCACCCGGGGAGCGAUACAGGGACGGUGAUUGUUGGAAUACCCGAGCCUACAUGGCGGACAGGGAGCUUGCCCCUGGGAGAAGACGGCCAAUCCCAAUGGGCUCCAUAUGCUGGGCUGCCAUGGUGUGAGGGAGGCUGCCUGCACCCCUGCCAGAGCUGCCAGGCAGCCCAGCCAAACCUCUCUGGGCUGAGACCAGAUGCCCUGCUAGACGCUCUCUCCAGUGGCCCCCUCUCCAUGGUUCUUUUUGGGUUUUGA